AUGUGCAAAUGGACGCCCCCCGUUGUCCGUCUCUGUCCUGACUUGGUCCUGGACGCCGUCCCCUCCGCUGGACGCUUUUUCCCUGGGGCGACCUCCUUCUGCUUGGCAUGCUUCACAUUGCUCCUGGUGGCCGGGACCGUCCUGGGAGAGUGUCCCCUGGGGGGUCAAGGGGGAACGGGCCAUGAGACUCUGCCGGGGCUGGCGGGGGGUACAAACUGCUCCUGGACGCUAGAGCGCCACACCCGCAGCUACAACCACCUGGAGGGUGACGUGCGGCUGCGAAGACUCUAUUCCGCCAACAAGUUCUUCCUGUGCAUCGACAAGACGGGCAAGGUGGAUGGGACUCGACGCAAAAACUACGCCGACAGUCUCAUGGAAAUACGAUCUGUCAGCGUUGGAGUCGUUGCAAUCAAAUCCGUCAGCACUGGCCUUUACCUGGCUAUGUCAAAAAGAGGCACACUCUUCGGAUCGGUGAAAUACAGCUCCAACUGCAAGUUCAAGGAGCGGAUUGAGGAAAACGGCUACAACACGUAUGCUUCCUUGCGCUGGAAACACGGCGGGAGGCAGAUGUUCGUCUCGCUAAACGGACGGGGGAAGCCGCGGAGAGGUCACAAGGCGCGAAGGAGACACCCAUCCACGCAUUUUCUGCCCAUGUUGCCUUCAUAG